GCCUCCCCAGAGGGCGUGUCAGGCCGUCCCGCCCCGCGAGCGGCCGAGACGCUGCGGCACCGUUUCCGUGCAACCCCGUAGCCCCGUGCGAAGCAACACACUUCGCGUAACUCGGGCCGGGGGCGGCGGCGCGGACCACCCCCGCGGCUCUGCUGCGGGCCGCGCUGCGGCUGCCUCAGCCAGCCCGCUGUCACCCGCUAGGGCGCUGACGGCUUUUGCCGCCCAGGGACCGGGCGAGCUCCGGAGUGGGUCGGGAGUCGCGGAGCUGGGCGGGGGCGGGAAGGAGCAGCAAGAAGAGAAACUAGAGAAACUCGGCUUCCCUCCGCAGCCCGCCCCAGAAAGACCGGGUCGGCCCCCUGCCGCCGCCUUCUCCCGUUUUUCCUAGGGGGCGGCGAGGAGCAGUUUCGCGCGCCCGGGAGGGCGGCCUGGGCGGGGGACGUGCCGGGGGGCCGCGGGCGGGCCGGCGCCGUCGCGGCCGGGGUGGCGGGGCCCGCGCGGAGGGCGUGGGGGCGGGGGCCGCGGCCGCCCCUGCAGUUGCCGAGCGUCGCCAACAGGUUGCACCGUUCCCCGCGCCGCCGCGCGGCCCUCGGGCGGGGAGCGGCCGGGGGUGGAGUGGGAGCGCGUGUGUCUGCGAGUGUGUGCGCGCCGUGGCGCCGCCUCCGCCCGCCCCCCGCUCGGUCCCGCUCGCUCGCCGCGGCCGGGCGGCCUUUUCGCGUGUCCGCGCUGCCUCCCCUCCUCCUCCUCCUCCAUUUUGCGAGCUCGAGUCUGUGACGGGAGCACGAGUCACCGCCCGCCCGUCGGGGACGGAUUCUAGUGGGUGGAAAGAGACGCCGCAGCGGCGAGAGCGGCGGGGCGCCGGCAGGGAGGACGCGCGCCCGAGAGCCCCGGCCCACGAAGACGGGCGCGGGGAGGAGGACUGGCUUGUCAGCCUGGAAAUGGGAGACUUUCUCAAAUAGGGGCUCUCCCCUCCCCCCAUGGAGAAGGGGGCGGCUGUUUACUUCCUUUUUUUAGAGAAAAAAUCUUUCGCUCCCGUCCCUCCUGCUUUCACACGCUAAGUUGUUUAUCUCGGCUGCGGUGGGAGCGGCGGACGGUGGCGGGUGAGCGGCGCCGCAGGCAGAGGUCCCUUUUCUUUUCCCUCCCAGGGGGCCUCCCAGACACCCAUUUUUCUGGGGAACGCUGAGCCACGUCUGAAUUCCGCUCGCCCGAAUCUUUCCACUCCACCCUAGUGCGCCCGAGCGCGAGCAGGGUUUGUGUGGAGACUCCAGUGCGUCUCUUUUCUGGCGGGCUCGCACGGUGCGUGUGUGUGUGUGUGCGCGCGCGCGUGUACACACGCAGGGGGCUGACAUCCUGCAACUCGGAGACUUCGGCCAGGGCUGGCGUUAUCUGGUGGAAGUGGGCGUGUCGGAGAAAGAACUCAACAGCUGAUAUUCACUGAUGGACUCCAAGGAAUCAUUAGGCUCCCCCAGUAGAGAAGAAAUCCCCAGCAGUGUGCUUGGUCGAGAGAGGGGAAAUGUGAUGGACUUCUAUAAAACCCUAAGGGGAGGAGCUACUGUGAAGGUUUCUGCAUCUUCACCCUUACUGGCUGCCGCUUCUCAGUCAGACUCCAAGCAGCAAAGACUUUUGGUUGAUUUUCCAAAAGGCUCAGGAAGCAAUGCGCAGCAGCCAGAUCUGUCUAAGGCAGUUUCACUCUCAAUGGGUUUGUAUAUGGGAGAGACAGAGACAAAAGUGAUGGGAAAUGACCUGGGAUUCCCACAGCAGGGCCAAAUCAGCCUUUCCUCUGGGGAAACAGACUUUCGGCUUCUGGAAGAAAGCAUCGCAAACCUCAAUAGGUCGACCAGUGUUCCAGAGAACCCCAAGAAUUCAGCAUCUGCUGCUGUCUCUGCUGCCCCCACAGAGAAGGAGUUUCCAAAAACUCACUCUCAUGUGUCUUCAGAACAGCAAAAUUUGAAGGGCCAGACUGGCACUAAUGGGGGUAAUGUGAAGUUGUAUACCACAGACCAAAGCGCCUUUGACAUUUGGAGGAAAAAACUCCAGGAUUUGGAGUUUUCUUCUGGGUCCCCAGGUAAAGAGACAAGUGAGAGUCCCUGGAGCUCAGACCUCUUGAUAGAUGAAAACUGUUUGCUUUCUCCUUUGGCAGGAGAGGAUGAUCCAUUCCUUCUGGAAGGAAACGCAAAUGAGGACUGUAAGCCUCCUAUUUUACCGGACACUAAACCUAAAAUUAAGGAUAAUGGAGAUCUUAUCUUAUCAAGCCCUAGCAGUGUGCCACUGCCCCAAGUGAAAACAGAAAAAGAAGAUUUUAUCGAACUCUGCACCCCUGGGGUAAUUAAGCAGGAGAAACUGGGCCCAGUUUAUUGUCAGGCCAGCUUUUCUGGGGCAAAUAUAAUUGGUAAUAAAAUGUCUGCCAUUUCUGUUCAUGGUGUGAGUACCUCUGGGGGACAGAUGUACCACUAUGACAUGAAUACAGCAUCCCUUUCUCAACAGCAGGAUCAGAAACCUAUUUUUAAUGUCAUUCCACCAAUUCCUGUUGGUUCAGAAAAUUGGAAUAGAUGCCAGGGAUCUGGAGAUGAUAACCUGACUUCCUUGGGGACUUUGAACUUCUCCGGUCGAUCCGUUUUUUCUAAUGGCUAUUCAAGCCCUGGAAUGAGACCAGAUGUAAGCUCUCCUCCAUCCAGCUCUUCAGCAGCAACGGGACCACCUCCCAAACUCUGCCUAGUGUGUUCUGAUGAAGCUUCAGGAUGUCAUUAUGGUGUCUUGACUUGUGGAAGCUGUAAAGUAUUCUUCAAAAGAGCAGUGGAAGGUAGACAGCACAAUUAUCUUUGUGCUGGAAGAAAUGAUUGUAUUAUUGAUAAAAUUCGAAGAAAAAACUGUCCAGCAUGCCGCUACAGAAAAUGUCUUCAAGCUGGAAUGAACCUGGAAGCUCGAAAAACAAAGAAAAAGAUAAAAGGAAUUCAGCAGGCCACUACAGGAAUCUCGCAAGAAACUUCUGAAAAUCCUGCUAACAAAACAAUAGUUCCUGCAACAUUACCACAACUCACCCCUACCCUCGUGUCACUGUUGGAGGUCAUUGAACCGGAGGUGAUGUAUGCAGGAUAUGAUAGCUCUGUACCAGAUACGACUUGGCGGAUCAUGACCACACUCAACAUGUUAGGUGGGCGGCAGGUGAUUGCAGCAGUGAAAUGGGCAAAGGCAAUACCAGGAUUCAGGAACUUACAUCUGGAUGACCAAAUGACCCUACUGCAAUAUUCAUGGAUGUUCCUUAUGUCAUUCGCCCUGGGGUGGAGAUCAUAUAGACAAUCAAGUGCAAACUUGCUGUGUUUUGCUCCUGAUCUGAUUAUUAAUGAGCAGAGAAUGGCUUUACCCUGCAUGUAUGACCAAUGUAAACAUAUGCUAUAUGUUUCCUCUGAGUUAAACAGGCUUCAGGUAUCUUAUGAAGAGUAUCUCUGUAUGAAAACCUUACUGCUUCUCUCUUCAGUACCUAAGGAAGGUUUGAAGAGUCAAGAGCUAUUUGAUGAAAUUAGAAUGACCUACAUCAAAGAGCUAGGAAAAGCCAUUGUCAAGAGGGAAGGAAACUCCAGUCAGAACUGGCAGCGGUUUUAUCAACUCACAAAACUCUUGGACUCCAUGCAUGAUGUGGUUGAAAAUCUCCUUAACUAUUGCUUCCAAACAUUUUUGGAUAAGACCAUGAGUAUUGAAUUCCCAGAGAUGUUAGCUGAAAUCAUCACCAAUCAGAUACCAAAAUAUUCAAGUGGAAAUAUCAAAAAACUUCUGUUUCAUCAAAAGUGACUGCCUUAAUAAGAAAGGUUGCCUUAAAGAAAGUUGAAUCUAUAGCUUUUAUUGUACAAACUAUCAAUCUGUCCUGUAGUAGUUUUAUUUUUUCUUUUUUGUUUUUGUCUGGUUUUUGUUUUUGUUUUGAAUACGCACUACAUGUGGUUUAUAGAGGGCCAAGACUUGGCAACAGAAGCAGUUGAGCCAUCACUUUUUAGUGAUGGGAAAAGUAGAAAGUGAUAGUUGAUGGAUCCCAGAAAUUAGAAACAAUAACGUGGGGGUAAGCUCCACUUUCAGAGAAGGAUGGCACCUAAACCACCAGUGCCCAAAGUCUGCAUGAACUUUCUGCUCAUACUUUUCACAGUUGGCUGGACAAAAUUUUCUAGACUUUUUGUUGGUAUAUUUUCCCCUGUAUAGUUAGGAUAGCAGUUUUUGAUUUAUGCAUGGAAACCUGAAAAAAGUUUACAAGUGUAUAUCAGAAAAGGGAAGUUGUGCCUUUUAUAGCUAUUACUGUCUGGUUUUAACAAUUUCCUUUACAUUCAGUGAACUACGCUUGCUCGUUUUUUCUUACAUAAUUUUUGUAUUCAAGUUAUUGUACAGCUGUUUAAGAUGGGCAGCUAGUUCAUAGCUUUCCUAAAUAAACUCUAAACAUUA